UCCUGCUGACCCCGGAAGUGCUGGUUGAUCCACGUGGUUAGACGGGGCGGGGGGACAGAUGAGACUGGGCACCGGACUCCGAUUUGUCGUGUCUGCCGGAGUCAGUGGAUGUCAGCCCUCUGCUCGGAGAGACAUGGCGUGCAGGGUGCUCAGCUUGCCAGGGAGCGGGGGAGGCGGGUGCAGGAACGGACCAAGCAAAGACCUGAAGAGUGAGGGGAAUAUAUGGACAUGGGGGCUGUGGGGGAACUAGUAUAGAGAGGGCCCUGGUGGAAAUACCCCCUUCCCAUCGCAAGAGUGGCUAAAAGGUAGAUGCCUAUCUGCCAUACAAAUUCCACAAUGCUGUGACAGCUGGGGAUCUACCAUUUACCCAUCCUGGCAGGGUUAUAUUCAGCACUGAGCAGUGUGUGUGUGUGUUUAAAUGUUGGUUUUUGUAUGGUAUUAAUUCAAAUGGCAACACAACACAGAAACAAACCCCUGUAUUCAAAGCAACAACUACACAAUUGUGUGUGUGUAGUGGUGUACUGUUGUCAUUUCAAAGCAAUUGUGUAGUGGUUGCUUUGAAUAUUAUUAUUAUUAUUAUUAUUGCCAUUUAUAUAGCGCCAACAGAUUCCGUAUCGCUUUACAGUAUUACGAGAGGGGGAUUUAACUAUAAAUAGGACAAUUACAAGAAAUACAGUGGUGUGUUUCCAUUUAAAUGAAUUUUGUUUUUAAAUGUUAGGUGUAUGUGCACUUUGUUACAGAAGUGUAUAUUUGUGUGGUGUUGAGAUUUUAUGAGAUGUCAUACACACACACUGACCCGCAUGCAGACACAGAUGCUUGUCAUCUUUUAGCCACACUCCUGUUUCCUACUUUUUGGGAUUAGGAGGAUGGCUUAUGCUGGUUAAGGCUGUUUGGAUCAGCUUGCACCCCCCACGCCUCUUUCUAUCCCUCCUGCACAGCUCCAGGUAUAAUACGUGGAUAGAUAAUAAUGGGUAGAUUCGAGGUGCCAAUUAAUGUGCCAGCUGGACGAGAGUCGGAUGAUAGGCUGAAGAGCAACCACUUAGUUAUUUACCGAAGUGUGAAUUUCAAACUUUAUUUCUAAGUAGCCAAACAGGAAGCUUUGCUGAAGUAGAGAUUUUUUUUUUUCUUCAAUUCAGCAAUUUUGGCCUCAAAUUUGAAAUUCACUUUGAAUUCUCACUUUAGUAAAUUACCCUGUAAAAAUGAUAUUGCAUGACGGAGAUGGGUGUCUAUAUAAUAUGUUUGUAAAUUAUGCUAAUUUGCAUAGGUUAUAGUUUGCAGUUGUUACAGUUAGGGUUUUAAAGAAUCACUCCAAACACCAUAACAACUACAGAGCACUGUAGUGGUCAUGGUGCCAGGAGUGCGAUGCCCCUCCACCUUUGUAAAUAGUUAAACUGUUUCAGACUGGUUUCACUCUUAUGUUGACUGCCUGGCACCAGAUACUUAUAUUUGCUCUGUUUAACAGGAGUUACCUGCCAAAGCACCACAAAUGAGUAAUAAAGGGCCAAAUGGAGGCAAAAUUCCAGGAGUCGGGUUGGGUGUCAAGUAGGCUAUGUUGCUGUAGUCUAGUCAAUUGAGUCCCAUGAAUAUAUAUGUAUAUACCAGAUUUAUAUACAACUUUUUAAUAUCACUUUAAUAUUGUAGGUUGGAAGGAGAUCCUGAAUACAUCUGUUGGCAUUCUGCAACAAGGUGGAGUGAUUGCCCUGCCAACUGACACAAUUUAUGGCAUUGCCUGUCUAGCCCAGAACUCCCAGUCUAUUGACAACAUCUACAACGUGAAGGGACGUAAUGGGACCAAACCACUGGCCAUCUGUGUGGGGAACAUUGCAGAUAUUUAUAGGUUUGUGCUUAUUUGUUGUUAGGGUUGCCACCUUUCUUGUCUGUGUAAAUUAGGGAUUGACUGAUAUUUUUCCUGAAUUAAUGCCAAUACAUAUAAUAAAUGGCAUGUUGUGUCGGUAGUCUGUACAUUUAAAGUUUUGAAAAAGCAACACAAUUUCUAUACAAAUCUGGCAUUAACUGAACAUGCUGAUAUUCACACUCCUAUCACUCUCAAGCAGUCAGUUCAUGAUGUUUUUGAAAGGAAUGUGGUUGCUAACAGCAAUCACACUCCAGACAUUCUUGGGCAACCAGUCCACUAGAUGACUGUAGAUAAUUCACUGACAUUCAACUGAGCUUCACAUGCGGGUACUCACAGGGAGAGGUGACCUGAGGUUGUCAAGUGGCGCCUCAUUGGCUUGCGGCUGCAGAUUUGGUAUGCGGUGAGAAAGUUAUCUGUAAAUUAAAACACUGUGUGUGUAGCUUUAUCUAAGUAUGUGUAUGUCAUUGUGUGUAUACCGAGUUAAGGUGUGUGUGUGUGUGUGUGUGUGUAACUGCCAUGUAUAAUAGAGGUGGAUUUUCUGGCUCCAUUUCUCUACCCAAUCCCUUAGUUUAAUCCGAGGCACUGGCCAGAUGGCUUCAAACACUGGCUAUGCCAGGUGGCAUCACAAUUUGUUGUACUAGCUACACUACAUGAUGUCACUGGUAUGCCAUUAUACUACAGCUCUGGGACCAUGCUUAUACCAUAUGGCAUUAUCUUUGUAGAGUUUAAUUGAUUUGGGGAUAUUCUAAAAUUGUCCAACUAUUUAUCUGCAACAUUUAGCCAAUUUACGCUCAACUGGGGAUUUAAAAUGAGUGCAGGUUCUUUUGGCUAGUGAGUAUUUGAACAACGGUGUUACAUAACAGACCACUAUUUUUUUUGAUUCUGUGACUUUGGUAUAAAUGCAGGUACUGCCAGGUGAAUGUUCCAGACCAGUUACUUCAUGAUCUUUUACCGGGACCAGUUACCUUAGUGAUGGAACGAUCAGAUGGACUUAAUAAGGAGCUUAACCCUUUCACUUCUGUAAGUAUGUGUAUUAUGUAGGCUAUCAAACCAGUAGAAAGUUGGGUGCCAUUAGAUUUGAUCUAAUAUGCAUAUCAUAGACAUUUUAAAAUUUUUUUUUUUAAUGUUUGUAUAUGAAGCCCUGUUUUGUGUUUAAAAAAAAAAAAAAAAAAUCAUGGAGAGGUCUUUAAGAAAAUGCUAAUAAUUUAUGUGUGCAUAUACACUGAUCAACCACCACAUUAAAACCGGUGAAGGGAAUAACACUGUUAUAGCAGUGGGAUAUAUUAGGUUGCAAGUUCAGUCGGUUCUUGAAUUUUAUGUGCUAGAAGCAGGAAAAAUGGGCAAGCGAAAAGAUCUGAGUUACUUUGACAAAAGCCAAAUAGUGAUGGCUGGAUGACUGGGUCAGUGCAUCUCCAAAACGGCAAGUCUUGUAGAGUGUUUUCCAUAUCCAAUGCUUAGUAUCGUUAGAACGUCUGGUCCGAUCACACAGAAAGCUACGGUAGCUCAGAUUGCUGGAAAAUGUAAUGCUGUCCACAAUAGAAAGGUGUCAGAACACACAGAGCAUCACAGUUUUCUGCGUAUGAUGUUGCGUAGCCACAGACUAGUCAGUGUGCCCAUAAUGACCCCUGUGAAGUGUCUUCAAUAGUGAUGUGAGUUUAAGAACUGGAUCAUGAAGCAGUGGAAAAAGGUUACCUGGUCUGAUGAAUCACGUUUUCUUUUAGAUAAGGUGAAUGGUCAGGUGCAUGUUCACUGUUAUACUUGGGGAUGAGAUGACUGCAGGAUGCACUAUGGGAAGAAGGCAGGCUGGCUGAGGCAGUGUUAUGUUCUGGGCAAAGUUCUGCUGAGAAACAUUAGGUCCUGGCAUUGAUGUGGAUGUUACUUUCUCAUGUACCACCUACCUAGAGAUUGCUGCAGACCAUUUAACAUCCCUUCAUGGUAAUGGUGUGUCUGGAUGGCAGUGGCCUCUUUCAACAGGAUAAUGCACUCUGACACACAGAAAAAAUUGUUCAGGAAUAGUUUGAGGAACAUGACAAAGAGUUUAGGAUUUUGGCUUGGCCUCCAAAUUCCCAAGAUCUCAAUCUGAUUUGAACAUCUGUGGGAUGUGAUGAAACAACAAAUCUGAUCCACAGAGGCCCCACUUUGCAUCUUCAAGGAUCUGCUGCUAAUGUCUUGGUGCCAGAUACCACAAUGCAAGUUCAGAAGUCUUGUGAAGUCUAUGCCUCGACACAUCUUUGGAACAUUUCAUCUAAACUGUGUUUCCAUAGAACUGUGUAGUACAAACAAAAAAUCUUGUCCCAGGUACAGAAGUGCAGAUAUCACACUUUAAAACUCUAAUUUAAGGAUAUUAUGGCACUUGAAAAAGUGCAGACACUGGCUACAAAAUCAAUAAAAGACAUGGAACAUUUUAGCUUUGAAGAAAUGUUAACAAAUGAAACCUCUUUAGUUUAGAAAAACAGCGCCUUAGAGGGGAUAUGAUAACAUUACACAAAUAUAUCCUGGGCCAAUACAAACCAUGAUAAAAUAGAAAGGUGAACAGCGCUAAAAAUCAGAAAAUGUACAUACGUUUUGUAGAAAUACUGGCCAGCAGAGUAACUUAAAAAAAAAAAAAAGAGAAACAAAAAUACAAAUAAUGGUACAGUAUGUAUGAACGAUAUAAUUCCACAAGAACAAAGGUGUUAUAUUCACACUCACACUUUGAGGAGCUAUAUCAGCUCGGUGUUAAGAGCCUGGACGGAAUAAUCCCGUCUAUGGAUUUCUUGAGGUUCAAGACCGUUGGUGAAUUUAUAGGUGUAAAUAUUCGUUACAUGAAAAACAAGAGUAAAAUACACCACAUGGUAUAGUACGUAAAUAUAAAAUAUUGUGAAAAAAAAGUGGAUGAUCCUACUUACAUAUACUAGAGCAACGACCUGCUCUAGUUUGGAGAAUUUCAGGUGGAAUAAUCCCCACCUUGGGAUAUAGUGGACCCAGGUAUAGCAGCAAAGCAGUAUUGGAUAGGAAGGAGGACAAAAGGAAUGACUGGAUAGUUUAAAAAAAUAUAUAUACUUUUAAUACAAUAAGUAAAAAGUGAAUAAUAAACUAUAAAACCAGUCCUGUUUAAAAGUCCAAAAUUCUUCCUCACUUGACGCGUUUCGCCGAAGCUUUCUCAAAAGUGAAUGCCUCACCCCUGAGAAGAGAGCGCUUAUUAUUCUUUUGCAUUCAAUACAAACCAUGGUCUGGAAAUCUAUUCACAAACAGGACUAUACAUAGGUCACAAGGUCAUGCAUUUAGACCAGAAGAAAGAAGAUUUAGUCUAAAGGAAAGGGUAUUUUUUUUUUUUUUUUCGUAAGAACGAUAAGGAUAUGGAAUUCUCAGCCUGAGGAAGUUGUUUAUUUUUUUUAAUAUCCUGUAUAGAUGUUUAAAUAGCAACUAGAUGCAUACUUGCAAAAACAUAAUAUUCAAUGAUAAAAUGUUUCCAAAUGCAGGGUAAUAACCACUUAAUACAAGGAUUAAUCUGCCUGCUGGUCAAGAAGGAAUUUUGUCCUAGUUUUUUGCAAAAUUGGAAGUGCUUCAAACUAGGUUGAUUUAUUUAUUUUUGGAUUUAUUUUUUUUUUGGCCUUCUUUUGGAUUAACAGCAAAAACACAGAUGUGAGGAAAGCUGAACUUGAUUGACACAUGCCUCUUUUCAGCCUAUGUAAUUUAGCACUUAGUACAUUGUGACAAGCAUCUUAAAGGGACCCUAUAGUCGCCAAAAUAACUUUAGCUUAAUGAAGCAGUUUUGGUGUAUAGAACAUGCCCCUGCAGCCUCACUGCUCAAUCCUCUGCCAUUUAGGAAUUAAACCACUUUGUUUAUGCAGCCCUAGUCACACCUCCCUGCAUGUGACUUGCACAGCCUUCCAUAAACACUUCCUGUAAAGAGAGAUGAAAUGUUUAAGCUUUUUUUAUUGCAUUGUCUGUUUUAUAUAGAUUUUCUUAUCUCCUGCUUUAAUAGCUUGCUGGGUUGUGCAGGAGCCUCCUGUGUGUGAUGCAAUGUACACAGCAGGAGAUAACGUUAAGAACAAGUAAGUUAUUACCUGAUUGAAAAUGAAACCGCUUUUUUUCAUGCAGACUGUGUCUGUCACAGCCAUGGUAGGUGUUACUAUCGCCUCCUAAACAGAAAAGUGAUUGAUUUAACUCAUAUAUGGCAGAGAAUUGAAGAGUGCAAUUUAUUCAAUAAGCUAAAGAUGUUUGUACCUAUUAUUUCCCAUUUAAAGGAAAUUUUUUUUUUUUUUUUUCUUGCUAAAUAUAAAGGAUCACUUGUCAUAUAGCCUUGCCAUGUUUUAUUUUGUAAUGAAAGAUUUGUUGUUGGGCUUUUUUUGCUUUGUUUUGUGCAUCUUCUGGCUUACCUUCACUCUGUGAUGAUAGCCAUCCCUUUUUGGAAAAGUCACCAUUUAUCUGUGAAGUUUAGGUAUCAUUUUUAAAUGUCUUAAACCAUUUUUGAGAGGCUCAUUACUUGAGCAUGGUGUCAGAAUUAAUGAACAAACACUACUUCUUUAAUACCUGUAUGGUUUUUGGUCAGAUAAGCUAUGUUUCCACUACACAGGAUUUAAAGUGACAAUUCAGACUACUGAAGCACUUCAGCUUGCUGGCAUAUUUCCAGGGUUACCUGUCAUGUCAAAUACCACUUAUUUUAAAUGAUAGAGAAUCAAAUCUCAUUUAUACAUUGUGCUGUGAGAGCAGCAGCAGCUCACGAGAAAGACAGGAUGAUUUAUCAAAGGCGCUUCGGACAAGGAAUCUGAGAAUGGAGAGAGUGGGAACAGAUACGUUUUAUUUACAUACCAUAAAUCCCGCAUACAAUAAGGGGACUUCUAACCUGUUCUUGGAAGCAAAUCUGUGCUUCUCACACAGGUGUAUGCAGGAGGGAGUGUGUCUUACAGCAGUGUAUCACCCAGUGUGACAAUUGAUGUUUCAGCAGGAGACCGGUGGAAUGAAAAUAUCAACUUUUUAUAGUAUUUAAGAAACUCUAUUUUAAAACUGAAUCAAUUCUGAUCGGAAGAAAACUGCAAACUUAGCUGUCAUGGCUGGCUCACUUUAAGGGUUGAUUUCAUGUCACCCAUGUCCCCAUUCAAAAAAUUGCACAUUUGAAAAGAUCUUGGCAUUUUUAUGAAUUCGUUUAAGAACAUCUCUUUGGCAGUCAAGCUGACAACUAAGGGCUUCGUGAUUCACUCCCCUUUACAAAUCAUUCAGUAUAAGUGUGAGCUUCCAUUGGAAAACAGUCUGCUGCUUCCUUAUGAGAAGCAUUUAAUUGGGUGAUCACCAAUCUAGUCACAGGGUGGAGAAGACUGUCAUCAAUGGCAGCCUCCCAUGGGACGUUGUGUCUGUUCAUUUUUUAAAAGUUUAUUUAUUGCUGCUUUUGAUAAAGGUACAGAUCAACAUCUGAUUGAAUGUAUCAGGUAGUUUUAUUUCUAUAUCUGCAUUCUCAAGGUUCUUGUGAAAGACAUACUCUUUAAUCUCUUCUCUUGCCUUACAGCUAGUGGGCGUCCGCAUUCCUGACCAUGCAUUCAUCAGACAGUUGGCACAAUUGUGUUCUGAACCCCUAGCACUGACCAGUGCCAACAUCAGUACCCAGUCGAGCACAUUAUCAAUCGAGGUACUGCAACUAAUCGAAAAAAAAACACUGAUCCUUUGGAUGAAACAAAGACUCCCUGUUUCUGUUGUUGCAAUCUAUUUGAACAAUGCAUGUUUCAUUUAAACUUCCGACAGAUUUCUACCAUUCAAGGUCUGUAAAACGUCUCCUUCUAAAUAGGCUGGACUUUAAAGGCUCAAGAUUAAAUUCAAACGUUCACAUCCUCACUACAUUGAUCCAGAGGCCCCAAAAAAAUUCUACUUCAUGCAGUUUCAAGUUGUUCCGAUUAAAAGGGCAAAAAUUGGGGGUAUUACCUUCUUUCCUUUUGAAGUAGCUAUCUGGGUUUUCACCGGAUGUGCACGCUAAUACAUUUAAUAUUUAUAUACUAAAUAUCCUUCUUAACUCUAAAAUUCACAGAACUAUUUUUGUAAUAACUUGAAAAAUGACUAUAUUCCUUGAAACAGUGGUUCCCAUCCCAGUACAUGAGGCAUAUCAGCAGUCCAGAAUUUAGGCAUUUCUCAAUUCUGUUUUAGUGGUUAUUUUUCCAAAAUCUGGAGUACUGGAAGGGUAACCAAUCCACUAAACUUUUAACUCCCUGCAAAUUUAUAGAAAAGGCUUUAAAAUCUUUAAAAAAAAAAAAAAAUUGUGAAAUGUGCCAGCCUAUUAUUUUUUUAUUUUUUUUUCCUUGUCUUGUAAACUGUGGAAAGAAAGAAACUCUCUGCUGUAGUAACGACACAUUUCUACAAUGGUGAUAUUUCAGAAAAAAAACAUACUACACAUUCAUUUCAAUUCAGUGUUUUUAUAUGACUAAUGUUUGUGUAUGGUUUAGUGCAGUGUUUAUAGAUUGUGUGCUGCGUUUUAACAUACUCUAAGUACCACAACCUUUACAACCUGUUCUAGUGGUUGUGGGGCUAAUAUGCUGCUGGCCCUGUUCAUUUUACUCCUGUUUUCCCUUUGUUUUCAAAUGUUGUGACAGAAAUUGGGCAGGUUCAUGUGGCUCUUCCCCUCCCUCACUUUAUUGCUAAAGCAGAAUUAAAAUUUCUGCAUUAGAAGUGUUAAUUUCUUCCAUAUUAGAAGAACUUAACUAAUCAGUGCCAUCCAAAUUUAUCCGAAGUAAUUGCUAAUGGUAAUGUCAUUAAUGUUUUAGCGAUCCAUUGAGGAGCUGUGCUGUAAGUCCAUGGGGAUGUGUAUUUCAGACAGCUGGAGGUUUGACACAGGACUGUCUAUGUAACAAUGUCUGCAGUGUACUAGCCCUGUAACUACAAUGGGAUGUAUUGAUAAUGGUGCUUAACCCAUUAAAGAUGUUGGGACCUUCCAUGCCAUCCUGAAAAUAGUGGGCUUGAAUACCAUUAGCAUGCCAAAGAAAUGUCCUUUCGUUCUAGUGUGAGCAGGGUUAAAUCCCUGCUCACGCUGCUAAGACCCAGGUAUUGGUUAAUUCCGGGGGCUCCCCUCUGUCAGCUAGGGCCAUAUUUAGUGGCUCAUGACUAGCUGAUGAGCUAUUUGCAGUGCUCCAAGCGUGUGCAGCAUACACUCCUUUAAAUGAAUUUAGACUGAGGGAGAACCCCAGUGCCUGAAAAGACUACUCUUGCAUGCUACCUGCUGACAGUGUUCAGUGCUGGGCUGUGCAUGCAAGUGCUGCAGCUUUAGAUACACCUCCCUUGCAUGCUGCAAUUACUCUGUAGAUAGUACUUUACAGUGUAAGCUGGGAAAUCCCUCUGCUAAUGUCAGAAGAGGGAAUCCCACAGGGUUAGGUUAGGGAUGGUAUAGGAUACAUUGUAGGUUUAGGGUAGUUCCAGGUUUUGUUUUGGUUCAGAAGCUGGAGAAUUGAUUGUCCUUAAUGAGUUAGCAUCCUUAUAGUAAAUACAUCUGUGGUUUUUUUUAUAGCACUAACAUGAUUAUCAAUUUCCUGUUUCUGCGGUCAACAACUCAACAGUCUAUUGUUGCUUCUAGGAAUUCAAAGACCUGUGGCCAAUGCUGUCUCUGGUAGUGGAUGGAGGUCCUAUUGGAGAUGUAGCUAACCCUGAAUGCAGAUUGGGGUCUACAGUGGUUGAUCUUUCUGUACCUGGAAAGUUUACUGUAUUACGACCUGGAUGGUAAGGUUCCAAUACAUUAACACAUUACAUGUCCUCUGUGUUGUUUCCAAUUAUACAAUAUGUGUGCAUGUUAUUCUGUUGGUGUUUUAUCCCGUCACGUGUAUUCCGGACACUAUAGUUUUUAAAACCCCGUUUAAGUUCCUGCCCCCAUGUUAGAGGUGUAAAAGGUAAUUUCUCCCCCCAUCCCCCCCUUUUUUUGUUUUUUUUAACAGCACCGCGGAUCAUCAAACUUGACAUUCUCAGCCAAUCCAGUGCUUUUCCAUAGAACAGCACUUGGAGACUAUUGCAUAUGCACGGCAAAAUCCUGUGCUGCGCCAAUGAGCAUCUCCUCAUGAGGAAUGUUCAGCGUCGCCAUGCGGUGUUGAGAAGCUGAACGCACUGACCCAGGAAGCACCUCUAGUGGCCAUUGUUAACACUGCAUUUUUCUGAAAAAGCAGUACUUCCAUUUAAAAGCCCACAGGGACAUGCUACACACACCAGAAUAACUACAUUAAGCUGUCUAUAUAGUGUCCCUUUAAAUUCAUGCAUAUAGCCAUACAGUAGCCCUUAGAGGCUGGAAGGGAUAUAUGAGAGCAGAGAUAUUGCAAUGUCCAUUGACUGAGACCUUAUAAUAUCUCCUUCUGUUUUGACUAUACCAUUUUACCAAAGUGACACAUUUCUAUUUCUAUUAGGAGAUCAUGACACUAGAGUAUAUCUCACUCUAUUCCUAUACACCUUUUGAGCAUGCAAAAUGCUUUUGAUAUAGUUUUUAAUCUGGCUGCUACAUCACAUGCGUUAUAAUUGCCAUGUAGGAGGACCACCACUAGGAAGGGUUUCCUGCACUACUUUGUCACUUGGCAUACAGGUUUUUGCCAUCAGCUUACUGGUUUUAGCUCUACCGCAUGUGAGUAGGCCAUUUUGGAUUUCCUUUUAUUGGAGUUUUUAUGGGGGGGAGGGGAGUAGGGUUAGCAGUGCACUGUCCUUUGUGUAAGUUAUCUAUCUCUGGACAAUUUAGCUACAACUCCCUGGAGCCUUUUGCUCUACUUGUAAAAUGUUAUUUGCAUGGAUACUCUUGUUGUAGACGUAGAAAGUUAAAUAACCUGAAAUAAUUCCUGGUUUGGUCUAAGCUCAUUUCAAACUGUGAGGAUUUGCAGCAAAUGCAUGAACGUCAAAUUUUUUAUUUAAUUUUGAAUAUACUGUUUUUUUGUGUGUGUGUGUGUAUGUAUAUAUUUUUUUUUUUUUUAUUGCAUUAGAAUAGGUUACCUCCUGAAGUGUCCCUUUAAUAUUUGUGUGUUCUUUCUUUUCAAGUGCUCUGGCCUCUACCUUGGAAAUCCUUAAAAACACAUAUGGCUUAUUACCCAUUUCGUGACACUUUCGUAAUGCUGCUCAAAUUGGUUUGGAUUUUGGACGCCCUCCUUCGAGACCAGAAAUAUGCACAGACCUCUGAGGAUGCAUACCUGGCCGUCAAGUAGUUUGAAUAUCCAAAAUGCAUUUUUGGGGGGAACAUAAUUUGUACAAACGGUGAAUUUUCCUUGCUUUAAUUUUACGUUUUUUUUAAUUUUGUUGGAAAGGGGAAAAAAUGUUUUCUUUUUGUGCAAAACGUUUAGGAAAAAAAAAAAAAAGAAACCUAUUCCUCCACCCCUUUUUUUAUUUCUUUUGUGGGAAAGAAUGCUUAUUUUAGGAUAGAUUUAGGAUAUUUUUGGGACAGAUCUAUAUUUCUGGACGUGUUACUUUUGCUCUGAAACAGUUUGUUCUUCAGACCUCAUUAGGACUUUUUAGAUUUAAACAAUUCCAUCUCUUUACCUUUUGUGUGCUAAUUACAUAAAGGAAAUUCUGGAUUAAUUUUAUUAUAAUCAACUUUCUGACAUAUUUUAUUUGUCUCGGCUGUAGAACCUCCCCAAAUCCAAAGGUUUGGGGGGGGGGGGAGGGGGAUGUAAACAGCACACAGGUUUCCUCCCACAAAUUGCGUGCAUAUAAAGAUCACUACGAUUAAUUCAGACUGUAUUAGAGGGAACUUUGUGUUCAUUUAAUGUCCACAUCUUUUUUUUUUUUUUUUUUGUGGAUUAAAUGUAAAUGCUUGAUGAUAUCACUGAGUUGAGUUUUGGAGCACACUGCUUUAUUUAAAAGGAUUUAUUUAGUUGUUGCAAAAGAUGUUAGUAUUAAAAAAGCAACUCUAUUUAUAACUUGUUUUUAUGAUAAAUGACCAACUCAGAGGCAGCUAAGACAUAUUUAAAAUAGACCUACAAACUACACUUUUGUAGAUGUGGAUCAUAUCUAAUUCAGGUAGGAAAUACAACUUAAUAUAUACAUUGUGCUAGCAUGAUUCAGUUUAAUUUUUAGCCAAUGCUGCAGACUAAUAAAGUGGGCUGCUUUUGCACCAGGGCUACACCCAAGGCAAAUCUAUAAACUGGCCUAUCUAAUUAAAUAUACCUUAUUUCUGUUUUUUUAAGGAAAGCUACAAACACAGUUCUUAUCUUAUAAAUAGGUCAUGGAUACUGGAUAUGCUUGAUCGCAUGCUGGAAGUGAUAUUGUAUGCCUAGGUCAAUGAUGGGGUAUGUUUAUUGUUGAUACAAACUUCUCAAUGAGCACUUUAAUAUGUGCUAUCUGCCUGCUAAAGAGAAAAUUGAUGCAUAUUCUUAGCCAUGAGUUGUAUGCCCUGCAUGGCACACUACUGACCUCAUCCUCCCAUUAUUAAUUAAAUUUAGCCUUUGCCAAUUAAAACUCUGAUAAAGUACUGAAUGGGGCAAAAGGGGAAAUUAACCAAAGAAGACAGAAUAUGUAGGUUCUAAAUAGUUAAUGUGCAUCCCUUUUUUAUUCACUCUGAUAACCAUGCAUGCUAGUAAUUUGAGUUAAUAUACAAGAUUUAAAGUGCUGUACUCUGGUGUCUGAGAAGCAAAAAGAAUAAUCAUUUUAGGUGCAUUCAGUUGUGUAUCACUUUGCAAUUUCCAUUCUGCCCUGCUACUGUUACUUGUCUGAAUUCAAGACUUGGCAAGCACAACCUUUGGCAUCCUUGCAUUUUGUGAAUUAUGGAUCACAUUUAUUUGAUAGGAAAACUAGAUAUGGGCCUAGGAUGAAAAUCCAGCCUGCAGAUGCAUACCGAGCAGACAGAAAACUGCAUCCUGACAUUCUGUAUGUUUUCACAAGUUGUAUGUGAAUAUGCAACAUUUCAUUUUAUUCUUCUUAUUUAUGUUCAUUUUGGAGUUUCUGGACAAAAUUUUAUAUAUGUUGUCCCUGUAAAAACUGAAUACAGAAUAAAAUACAUUUUUAAAAAAAUAUACCCGUGUAGUGAAAUCAUCUUACCAUUUUAUCUCUCUCCCCAUACAUAUAUUCACAUAUAAAAGUACACGAUUUAUUGUAAAGCACUGCGGAAUAAGCUGGCGCUUUAUAAAUACCAAUAAUUAUAAUAAUGAUGGGAAGAAAAUGGCAGUCUGUGAUUUGUUACUUUCGAGAUGCUGUCACAAAUCAACAUUUUCAAUAAUCCUCUCUUGUCAUGGCUGUUUUUGUUUGUGUUCUACUGCCAAGUUAUCAUGUAUUUGGGCCCUUAAGUCAAAGGCAAAUAAAAGAACCAUUCAUCGAGAUGCUCUCAUUUCUAUUCUUUGAGAUGCUCUAAUUUCUUUUUCAGAAAGCUGUUGCUAUGUAAGUGUAGUUUACAACAUGGGGUGUUUAUAUAUGGAACAAUGAAUUGUCUGUUUUCAAAAACCUGUAUAUUUAAAACAAGGACUAUGGUCCCCACUUUUUAAUAUAUUAUAUUGAUAAGGCAAUUUAUA